UGCUCAGGUACUUUCCUCUAAGAGAAAGUAGUUACGUAUUUUCUCGAUAGCCGAUAUCAAACACCAGUUGAACUUUGCGCAGCCAAGCGCGCGGUAGCUCGGGUCUACCAAACGUUCCAACGCGUGUAGUAUCUUUUAUUUGAUAAUACCCUAUCAUCUAACGUUAGCGUAACUCAGUAUGUUAUCGUAUGCACGUAGAGUAACAUUAUAAAAUGAUAGGGUCAAUUAUUGCUCUAUACAUAUCGUGUUUCAAUGCGACUGUGAAUUUUUUCACCCGUCUAGUGUUGAUUUUGCUCACCGCGUGCGUGUAUCAUGCAUUCGUUUUCGCGGAAGUUUUUUUGAAUAGUUAUAAUUUAGUAUAUCCUCCAUAUUUGGCUAAACCACUGGCUAGUGUAACGAGUGUAGUUUCCGAUGUAGUGAGUUAUUUCAUAAGGAUUUCUGUUAUACAGACAAUCAUGAUGAACGCGUUCAUGCGAAGAUUCCUCCGGUUCAUGGUGUCACUGCUGGCCAUCAUAGUGGUGCCUUUGACCUACCUGCUGAACAUACGGAGGAACAAGAAAUGUCCGCCACCCAUGAACCCUAUACUCUUCAAGUCCGCGACAUCGUUAGCUGCGAUGAUUAGGACUAGACAGAUCACAUCAGAACAAGUUGUAGAAGCAUACAUAGAGAGAUGCAAGGAAGCAAACCCGUAUUUGAAUGCUAUCGUGGAGCCGAGGUACGAUGCCGCAAUGCGAGAAGCUAGAGGCAUCGACAAGAUGAUAGCAUCCACUGAUAGGACGCCUGAAGAUCUGGAGAAAGAAUACCCGCUGUUGGGCGUACCUAUGACUGUUAAGGAAAGCAUUGCUGUUGAAGGCAUGAGCAACGAUUGUGGCACCGUGUACCCAUACAGGAAUCCAGCUAAGAGCGACGCAGCCGUCAUAAGGCUGGCCAGGGCCGCUGGAGCCAUUCCAAUAGCCGUGACCAACACCCCACAGCUUUGUAUGAAUUGGGAAACUUAUAAUAACGUUAUUGGAAUCACUAUGAACCCUUAUGACCAGAAGAGGACGACUGGUGGAUCUUCGGGAGGAGAAUCAGCAUUGAUCUCCGCAGCCGGUUCUGUGAUCGGAGUAGGAUCAGACAUUGCUGGAUCUCUUAGACUGCCUCCCAUGUUCACUGGAAUAUUUGGACACAAACCAACACCCAGACUCCUCUCAGUUGAAGGUCACGUUCCUGACUGCUUAGAUCCUGAUUUCGAAGAAUACUUUACUCUCGGACCAAUUGCGAGAUAUGCUGAGGACCUCACGUUACUCUUGAAAGUUCUGAAGCAACCAGGAGGCCCCGAUGUACCAUUGGACAAGCCGGUCGACAUUUCAAAACUGAAGUUCUAUUACAUGGAUGGCGACGGUAGCAAUGUUACAGACUCUAUCGGUCCCGAAGUCAGACAAGCAAUGCAGAAAGCCAAAGAUCACAUCAAAAAUACGUAUAACAUCGAAGUUAAGCCGCUAAAAAUCAAAAACAUCGAACACAUGUGGGAAACGAGCAUCAGGAUUUUGUUGAAUAUAAAACAUGUUCGUAACAUUUACACGGACCCAGAAAAACGCGACCAAUGGGUGUCUGUAUGGCCUGAAGUUCUAAAAACUAUGAUUGGCAUGUCAAACCAUAACUUCAUCUGUGUAUGUUACGGGCCUCUGACAAAAUUCUUCGAUGCACUGCCAAAGAGUUAUUACAAGAAGCUGCUCUCCAUUUUCGAUGAAAUCAAGGCUGAGUUUGAUAAAGUACUAACAGACGACGUAGUACUACUACACCCCACGUUCCCGACUCCAGCACAUCUACACUACAGAAUCUACUACAAAUUCCUGAAUUGUGGCUACCUCACAAUGUUCAACGCUCUUGGGCUGCCAGUCACACAGUGCCCAAUAGGACUUACAAGGAAAGGACUGCCAGUUGGUAUCCAAAUAGCUGCCAACAAAUGCAACGAUCACCUAACGAUAGCUGUCGCCAAGGAAUUUGAAAAAGCAUUCGGUGGAUGGAUACCCCCAAACAAAGAACUUGCCAACAAUAUCAAGACUGCAUAAAGAUAAUGUUUGUAACAUAAUAAUUUGGAUAAAACUUUCCCUUGAAGGCACCAAAUAUAAGCUCGAAGUAAUGCUUUUUGGAGCCAAUCUUUUGGGUGUUACUGGAUAGCACACAUAUUUACAGGGUAAAACUGUAGGGUUAGGGGGAGAAUUGGGAACAAAUAUGAAUUCCACGAAUUUCUGUAAAUGUCUGUAGUAAGCUGUUCUAAUUAUAAUCUGAAUGUUCCAACUAACUGUAGCCCUUUUGAUUGAUUGGAGGGUCAGGACACUAAGGGACAAGAAGAUAGAAACACGGAUAAACUAGUGGAUAGAAACACGGAAUAACUAGUGGCUUGAAACUUGUACCUAUCAGUUAUUGAUAGGAAAAGGCAGUUGUUUCUUACUUGUAUAGACUUUUCGAUGCAUAUUCGCUGCUCCUUCUUGGAAAAUAAAACCUACGUAAGUUUCUCGCUGAAGAUUCUGGAUUUAUAAUUCCAUUCUGUUCUGGAUUUAGGUUGGUACUAUAAUGGUAGCCGGUUAGUCUCACUGACUCGCAAAGUGUACAUAUAUUUUUAACUUUACAAGUUGAGUUUUGUACAGUUGUCGUCUUAGAUCAGAAUGAUUCUGCGCCUUAACAAAAGUAUUACUGUUGACCUAAUUAAUUUAAGAGUAUUUAUCCUAAUAUAGCUUUAUGUUAAAAGGUAUAACUUUAUGUUUUUAUAGGUAGUUCUACGCGUCUUUGGUGUACAAUAAUAAGUCAAAUUAUGUAAAAGAUCUGAUGAUAAAAUAAAAUUGGGCCUUCUAUUUUCAGACUUUAGUCUAAAUGCCUAUUUUUGUUCAAAAUUAGUUUUUGAAAAGAAUACUUAGAUACCAAAUGUGAUAUAAAAACAUAAUCUGCCUAAAUAAUCGACAUAUCUAUGUGUUAUAUUAUAUUUUAUACCCUAAUUUUAAUAAAUAAUUUUGUUUACAUAA